CACCGGAAAGGCGGGCGAUGCCCGAGCCGGCGGCCAAUGGGCCGCCUGACGGCCCGUGACGGCCGGGGAGGACCGGGAAGGACCCGGAAGAUUUCGCAGUCGGAGCGUCGCUGCCCCGAAGAGAGACCCCGUUCCUGCCGCUCCCCGCCCGCCCCUGUGUGCCCCAUGGACUCGGUGGGAGUCGCCGCCGCCGCCCCCGACGCCGGUCCGGGCCCCGCCUGGCAGAGCAAGUGUCCGUGGGGAGCCCCUAACACAACGUCAAUAUCAUGUUCUCUUGCUGAUGUAAUGAGUGAACAGCUGGCAAAAGAACUGCAGCUGGAAGAGGAAAAUGCUGCUUUUCCUGAAGUGGUUGCUGUUGCUGAAGGUCCAUUUAUUACAGGAGAAAAUAUUGACACUUCUAGUGACCUAAUGCUAGCUCAGAUGCUGCAGAUGGAAUUUGAUAGGGAAUAUGAUGCACAGCUUCGGCGUGAAGAGAAGAAGAUCAAUGGAGAUAGCAAAGUCUCCAUAUCCUUUGAAAAUUAUCGGAAGGUGCAUCCCUAUGACAGUGACAGCUCAGAGGAUGAGGUUGAUUGGCAGGAUACCCGUCAUGAUCCUUACAGAGCAGAUAAACCUACUACCACACCGAGAAGGGGUUUCAUAGGAAAAGGAAAAGAUAUUACUACUAAACAUGAUGAAGUGGUAUGUGGAAGAAAGAACACUGCUCGCAUGGAAAAUUUUGCACCUGAAUUCCAAGUUGGGGAUGGAAUUGGGAUGGACUUAAAGCUGUCAAAUCAAGUCUUCAAUGCCUUAAAGCAACAUGCAUACUCUGAGGAACGUCGAAGUGCAAGGCUCCAUGAAAAGAAGGAGCACUCCACUGCUGAGAAAGCAGUGGAUCCUAAAACACGUUUACUUCUGUACAAGAUGGUCAAUGCUGGGAUGCUGGAGACCAUCACAGGCUGCAUCAGCACAGGAAAAGAAUCUGUUGUUUUUCAUGCCUAUGGAGGAAAAAGUGCAACUGAAGAUAAAGUUAUUCCUCCGGAAUGUGCCAUCAAAGUGUUUAAAACAACUCUUAAUGAAUUCAAGAACCGUGACAAAUACAUCAAGGAUGACUACAGAUUUAAAGACCGCUUCAGUAAAUUGAAUCCACGAAAGAUUAUUCGUAUGUGGGCUGAGAAAGAAAUGCAUAACUUAACAAGAAUGCAAAAUGCUGGAAUUCCUUGUCCUCAAGUGGUUAUCCUUAAGAAACACGUCUUGGUUAUGUCUUUCAUUGGCAAGGAUCAAAUCCCAGCUCCUAAACUAAAGGAUGUAACACUUAGUAGUGAAGACAUGAAAAAGGCCUACUAUCAGACUCUCAAUAUGAUGCAGCAGUUGUAUAGGGAGUGCAACCUGGUCCAUGCAGAUCUGAGUGAAUACAACAUGCUUUGGCAUGAUGGGAAGGUCUGGCUCAUUGAUGUCAGUCAGUCUGUAGAGCCAACCCAUCCUCACGGACUUGAGUUUUUGUUCAGAGACUGUAGGAAUGUUGCACAGUUCUUCCAGAAAGGAGGUGUGGCAGAAGCACUUAAUGAGCGUGAACUCUUCAAUGCUGUCUCAGGUUUAAAUAUUACAGCUGACAAUGAAGUAGACUUCCAAGCAGAGAUUGAAGCUUUGGAAAAGAUGAAUGAAGAUCAUGUGCAGAAUCAUGGAAAGAAAUUGUCAACGUUUUCAAGUGAUGGAGACCCACCUAUAUAUGAUGAAUAGCACUGAGUGUAUAGCUGCUAACAAAACAAAACACAAAUUUACUGCUUCUAACUAUGUUGGUGCAGUGGUAAAUGUCAACUACCGAUGUCAAGAGAGAGUGGUUGGCUGGGAAUACCAAAAUGGAAAACACAGCGAGCAUAUGGUGAUGCCUCAGUGGUUUGCUUUUUUUUUAACUUGUCCCACACAUCAGGCUGGCACUGUAAGAAUAGACUGUCACUACCACUUUGGACAGUCUGACAACUUCACCAAUUUCCCAGUUACAUCAGACUGAUGUAGCUCAGGUGGUCAUAUUUUGCAUGAUUCAGAGCUUAUAUAUGUUUAAAAAAAAAUUUAAAAAAUCAUCUGUAUCAUCCAAAGUAUUUAGUGGGAAAGCACAUGAGAAGAGCCCUUCUUUUUUUCCUACUGCAGCUUGAAAAACUAAUUUAAAAAUGUGUAUGGACACAAUGUCAGUGAACCUUUCCUCCCUCUCCACCAAGGGCAAAGCGAAAAGUCAAACCACGCACUGCAAUUGUAUGAAAAUGUUAAUUUAACAAACUAAUGUAUUUAUAUAUGCAAAAGUCUGGACCUUUUCAUUUGAAGUAGAUGGAAUGUGGCUCUAACUAUCUCUGUAAAUACAGUUGGGUAUUACAUGAGAAACAGAUAUGAAUUCAACCUGCAGAGGACUUCCUUGGUGACAUGCCAGGAAAUCCUGACAGCUGCAUCCAAGGUGCAAAGAGUAAGUUCAGUUAGCUUCACUCAAUAUACAAAUGGUUCCAAGAACUUGGUGCAAACCAAAAACAGAACUCUGUAAUAAUCCUGUCUCUGCCUAGGAUGUCAGUUUAGAGCAUCAAAUGUGCUUGCCCUGAAGGUAAUCAUAGACAAAUCUGUGUAUUCUUUUUGCACCUGUAAGCAAAAAAGCUUCACUUAGAAAUAUUUAGUUUCCCCAAUCUAUUUCAUACUUUUAUUCUUAAUGUCAGACUUUAUUUUUUACAAAGUACUAAAAAUCUAGCAAUGUUUCUCUCCAAAACAACACAUUUAAAGAUGGACUGAUGUGGUGGGAUGGUUUGGAAUUAAGAAAUUCUAAUCAACUUCUUUUUAACAGAUUGCUGUUUUUGAUGCUGCUCUUUAUCAAGCAGAAUAUAGUGAUGCUACAUGUGACAUUCUCACAGUGUGCUGUGAAAGUGACUUUUUUAUCUCUUUGUUGGAAAACUCGUGGUGAAGUAAAAUCUUAAGAUCUUA